AUGACUGAUGACUGUACCAGGAACUCAGAGGAACAUCUGAUAUCUUCUGAUUUUAAAGUAGAGGUUUGUGGUAUCACACAAGAUACAUAUAAAGAACAUGCGAAUAUCCAAGAUAUAUCCUCAUCUAUUCACAAGAAAAAUGUAUCAUCUGAUCCUUUUAAACAGGUCCAAUCUUCUAAAUCGUCACAGACUAUAACACAAAAUAAAAGUCACAUAAAAAUCACAAAGUCACAAAGUAGUGAAAGUCAAACAGCUCACUUAAGAGAGAAGCCAUUUUUAUGUGUAGAAUGUGGAAAAUGUUAUAGUUAUGAAUUGGAACUUGUUACACAUCAGAGAAUUCACACAGGGGAGAAGCCAUAUUCAUGUUCAGAAUGUGGGAAAUGUUUCGCUAGAAAACCGAAUCUUGUUAAACAUAAGAGAGUUCACACAGGGGAGAAGCCAUAUUCAUGUUCAGAAUGUGGAAAAUGCUUUGCUGAAAAACAACAUCUGGUUAGACAUCAAAUAACUCAUACAGGGGAGAAGCCAUUUUCAUGUUCAGAAUGUGGGAGAUAUUAUAGAUAUAAACAGGAACUUGUUAGACAUCAAAGAAUGCACACAGGGGAGAAGCCAUUCUCAUGUUCAGAAUGUGGGAAAUGUUUUGCUUUAAAAAAAUAUCUUAUUACACAUCAAAGAAAUCACAAAGGGGAGAAGCCAUUUUCAUGUUCAGAAUGUGGAAAAUGCUUUGCUGGAAAACAAUAUCUGACUAGACAUCAAAUAACUCAUACAGGGGAGAAGCCAUUUUCAUGUUCAGAAUGUGGGAGAUAUUAUAGAUAUGAACGGGAACUUGUUAGACAUCAAAGAAUGCACACAGGGGAGAAGCCAUUCUCAUGUUCAGAAUGUGGGAAAUGUUUUGCUUUAAAAAAAUAUCUUGUUGCACAUCAAAAAAUUCACACAGGGGAGAAGCCAUUUUCAUGUUCAGAAUGUGAAAAAUGCUUUGCUGGAAAGCAACAUCUGGUUAGACAUCAAAGAACUCAUACAGGGGAGAAGCCAUUUUCAUGUUCAGAAUGUGGGAGAUAUUAUAGAUAUGAACAGGAACUUGUUAGACAUCAAAGAAUGCACACAGGGGAGAAGCCAUUUUCAUGUUCAGAAUGUGGGAAAUGUUUUAGUGAUAAAUCCGCUCUUGUUACACAUCAGAGAAGUCACACAGGGGAGAAGCCGUUUUCAUGUUUAGAAUGUGGAAAAUCUUUUCGUGACAAAUCAUCUCUUGUUACUCAUCGGAGAAUUCACACAGGGGAGAAGCCAUUUUCAUGUUCAGAAUGUGGGAAAUGCUUUAGUGAUAAAUCAGCUCUUGUUACACAUCAGAGAAUUCACACAGGGGAGAAGCCAUUUUCAUGUUCAGAAUGUGGAAAAUGUUUUAGUGAUAGAACAGCUUUCUUUAUACAUCAGAGAAUUCACACAGGGGAGAAGCCAUUUUUAUGUUCAGAAUGUGGGAAAUGUUUUAGUGAUAAAUCCGCUCUUGUUACACAUCAGAGAAUUCACACAGGGGAGAAGGCGUUUUCAUGUUCAGAAUGUGGAAAAUCUUUUCGUGAGAAAUCAUCUCUUGUUACUCAUCGGAGAAUUCACACAGGGGAGAAGCCAUUUUCAUGUUCAGAAUGUGGGAAAUGCUUUAGUGAUAAAUCAGCUCUUGUUGUACAUCAGAGAAUUCACACAGGGGAGAAGCCAUUUUCAUGUUCAGAAUGUGGGAAAUGUUUUCAGCAAAAAUCAUCUCUUGUUAAACAUCAGAGAAUUCACACAGGGGAAAAGCCAUUUUCAUGUUCAGAAUGUGGGAAAUGUUUUCAGCAAAAAUCAUCUCUUGUUAAACAUCAGAGAAUUCACACAGGGGAAAAGCCAUUUUCAUGUUCAGAAUGUGGGAAAUGUUUUCAGCAAAAAUCAUCUCUUGUUACACAUCAGAAAACUCACAUAGGAGAGAAGCCAUCUUCAUGUUCAGCCCGUUAGUGACUUUCCAUACAUGUUUUUACAGCAGUCAAUAACUGGCUUUAAUCUAACAGAAUACUCCUUUUGACAUUGCUGCAUCAGAAUGAAAUAGCACUGAUGGGCAGUAAAAUGGGACCUUGCUUUCAGCUACCAAAUGUAUAUGGGUGCAUAGAGCAAUGAUCUCCUGUAUUGAAUGAGUGCCGGUGAUCAACAAUAAAAUAUGGGUAAAGGUGUCCUUUUUUUUUCUAAAUCUUAAAAAUCUUUAAUCACCUUUAUCUCCUAUUUAUGUCUUGAGGAGAUAAAGAAUCAGAAGAGAAGGCCUCCUAAUAGUCUUCUCUAUAGGAGCAGUACUGAGAGGCUAUAAGACAAUCACAAAUUGAAAUAUUGUGUACUGGAAAUAAAUACAGAUGGGAGUAUAUAGCAGCAUGUGAUAGUAUAUUUCAUUAAUUGGAAAUCAGUUUUUUAGAUAAACCCUUGUAACAAACAUGAGGAUCAGAUGAGGAAAUGUCUCUUCUCUGUUUUCGUGUCUCAUAACUUGUUACCAAUGACUACUAAAGUUUUUCUUUUA